AUGGAUUAUAUGCCAAUUGGGAGGAGAACAAGGCUUCAAAAAUCUUUAAACGAGAAGAGAUUUCGGAAGGAAUAUUCUAGAAGCGAUUCUAAGGUGAAAAUAGAUGAAAAACAUGUUUCUAUAUCUGGGUUUUCUUUGAGUAAGGAUGAGGAAGAAGAAGAGUGUUUAAUGAUUGAUGAAACUGAGUUUGUUAACGGAAUAUCUGCUCGUAAACUUGAAAAGAAUUCCCCCUCAAAAAUUGUGGGUAAUAAGAAUAAUGCUGAUUUGGGUAGGUUCCAUGAUGGGUUUAAUGAAAAUUUUGAGGGUUUUGAAGACAAGGGUAAAAAAGCUCAUGAUGAUGAUAAUGUAGCUUACCUUGAUGAUGAUGAUAAUGAUGACGGAGAGAUGAAUAAGGGUAUUUCUGAUGAUGAUGAGAAAGUUAAGGGUAAGAGAAUUAUACAAAGUGAUGAUGAUGGUGAUGCUGAUGGUGGUGAUGAUGGGAAAAUGAGAGAGGUUAUUUCUGAUGAGGAUAAAGAAAUUAAGGGGAAGAGAAUUAUGAAUGAUGAUAGCAAUGACAAUGCUAAUGUUGAUUGUGAUGUUCAUGAUGCAGAUGAUGAUGAGGAGGAGGAGGAGGAGAGGAGAUCAAAGGAAGUUGAAUUCAAACGGAGAAUGUUUGAGGGUAUGUAUGUUCCAGUAUACCUUAACAACAAUUCUUAUCAGAACAGCUUUAUAGGACAAAGAACAAGGUCUCGUUGCAAGUAUAGUAACCCAAAGAAGAAAGCCAAUGAUGGAACCUUUAGUCACCCCAUUAACAUUGAUCUAGAAUCAUCAUCAACAUCUUCAUCCUCUGAUGAUGAUCAUGGUGAUGAUGAUGUUGAUGAUGAUGAUAAUGAUGAUGAUUUUAAGCCCAAGAGUCAUCAAGGGGAGAAGAGAAAACGGGGCAGACCUCCAUUGAAGAAGAGCAAAGAAAAGGAGGUAUCUAAGAAGAAACAAGGACUAAAGAGGCAAAUAACAAGUGAAGUUCUAGAUACAUUGCUUAAUGCAACUUUGGAGGAUUAUAAUAAAGGGUCAGAAGAUCUUUUGGAUUGUUUUAGUAAGCUACUCAUUCCAUUGAACUUUAGAUAUGGUGUACAGAAAUCAGAACAGAAAAAUGCAGAACAGGAAAUAAAUGAAGAAGCAGAAUUUCUCUUCAAGGAAAUGGAGAUGGAAGAGGAACAGGAUGAAGACUAUCUGUUUUGUAAUAUUGGUUUAGAAGCUUCUAUCGUGAAUGACCGAGGUGAUGAAGAUGAACAUGACGUUCCUUGUAAUAGCGCGAAGAUGCAUGAAAGCCUUUGCCUUAAAGGAAAGCACUGCUGGAUUCUUGACGAGGAGAUUGGAAUGAAGUGUAAGAUCUGCUCAUUUGUUAAGCUUGAGAUUCGACAUGUCAUGCCUGAUUUUAACGAGAAUCCAUUCGGUCCACGAAAAGAUAACAGAAACAACGGCUCCUGGAAUGAUAUCAGUGCCACAUAUGAGUCUCAUAAAUUUAUGUUUCCUGAAAGACAUGAUGAUCAAAGCAAUGAUGAUAGUCCUUUGAAUGACACUUUCGAAACAGUUUGGGAUCUGGUACCUGCAGAGACAAAAAAGACAUUGUAUCCUCAUCAAAAAGAGGGAAUUGAGUUGAUAUGGAGAACGACUUGUGGCGGGAUAAGAAUCGAUGAGCUUGCUACUGAACUAACAAAACCAGGUGUAGGAGGGUGCAUCAUAUGUCAUGCUCCAGGAACAGGAAAAACCCGACUAGCCAUUGUUUUUUUACAGUCCUUUAUGAAGAAAUACCCUAAUUCAAAGCCUGUUAUUAUUGCCCCUUGUAGCAUGCUCCAAACAUGGGAAGAGGAGUUUGCGCGAUGGAACGUUGACGUUCCUUUUUUCAAUGUGAACAAUAAGGAACUGUCGGAAAAGGAAAAUAAUCUGAUGCGCAAAUGCGGUCUGCAGAAGUUGAAUUUAAAAGACGAGAAAUUAGUCAGGGUGGCAAAGAUUGGUUGUUGGUCGACAGGGAAAGGUGUUCUGGGUAUUAGCUAUAGGCUGUUCCAGAGACUAGCUAGUGAUAAUGGAAAGGAGAAAGAGCAAAAUGAAAAUAUUAGGGAACUUCUUCUUGAGAAGCCUGAUAUUUUAGUUUUAGAUGAAGGGCACACACCGAGAAAUGACAAGAGUAAAUCAUUGAAUGUUCUGUCACAGGUUGCAACAAAGAGGCGCGUGAUCUUAUCAGGGACACCAUUCCAAAAUAACCUUGAAGAAUUCAAGAACACGAUUUCCUUGGUUCGAGAAGAUUUUGGGUAUCUAUCGUCAGAAUUCUCUUGUUCUUAUUUGAGUGAUAGAAGAAUUGAAAAGCUGAAGAAAAGAAUGAAAGAUUUUGUGCAUGUUUACAGUGGUGCAAUUCUUAAAGAAACUCUUCUUCCAUUGUUUCACUCUGUAAUCUUUCUAAGGCCGUCCAAUUUACAAAAGUUGUUCUUCUCAGCAAUAAGAUCUAGAUACAAAUUCAUCGAAAAUGACUACUUGACAUCUGUUGCCUCUGUUCACCCGUCGAUCUUUUGUGGGAAAAAAUUGCACUCUUCUGUUGAUCAAGAAUGGAAGGAUUUAUUGGAAAAGCAUAGAACAGACAUAAGAGCAGGAGUAAAGCUGCAAUUUCUUGUAGAGCUAAUUAAUCUAUGCAAAGGAGAGCGAGUUUUAGUGUUUGCACAAUAUCUCCCCCCAUUAAACUUCAUUGAAGAUUUUCUUAAAUUUUGUUUUGAUUGGACUAGAGGGAGGGAAAUUGUUUACAUCGAUGGAGAGCAAGACAUGAAGGAAAGGCAUUCUUCUAUCAAGCUUUUCAAUGACCCUAUGAGCGACGCUAGAGUCCUUCUAGCCUCGACCAAGGCUUGUUGUGAAGGGAUAAACCUAGUGGGUGCCUCAAGGGUGGUCUUGCUUGAUGUUGUGUGGAAUCCCUCCGUGGAAAGGCAGGCCAUAAGCCGUGCUUAUAGAAUCGGACAAAAAAGGAAUGUGUUUGUUUAUCAUCUCAUUAGUUUGGGGACUGUAGAAGAAGAGAAGUAUCGGAGGAAGGCAAUGAAGGCACGUUUAUCAGAGCGGUUAUUCUUCUCUUGCAGUCCAGAUGGGGAAGCAAUGCAUAAAAAGAGUGCAGUUUCUGAAGAUUGCAUACUGAAAGCCAUGAUCCAUCAUGAAAAAACCAGGAACAUGUUUGAAAACAUUAUCAGUCAACCUAGAGCUGAUGAUUUGGUCCAAAGUUUUAGCCUUCUGAAUUUUUAA